AUGAAGGAAGUGACUGUGGUAAUACUGAAACGAGAGAAAGACAGAAAGGUGGGUGUGUCUGCUGAGAGCUGUUAAGCAAGCCUUUACUCUUGAUCAGGCUGGUUGUGAUGAGCCAUGAUACCUUGUUUUUCUGUGUAGGUCAAUUACCAACGCCAAACCAAAUAAUGCAACAGUCACGCAGAAACACCCAGACAAGUUUUAUUAGCUUGUGGCCUAGGUAAUCUGCUCAGCUCUAGGCAUUUUAGGACAUAGGAAAGGGUGGGUAUCUGUUUUUGCUUGAAGGGACUGACAGUACUUAAUGUAUUUUGGUCAGUGUGCAGCAGUGAGUUAAGUAAAAGUGCAAAAUUUUUCUGGUCAGUUGUUGAAUUUUUAUUUGAAAGCUACGGUGGCCGAUAGCUGCAAUAAAAAAGAAUGCAAAAAAAAAAAAGUUGAAAAAGUAACUUUUUAUUUUUUGCACCACCACUUUUUUGUGUCGUUAACUUCCGUUGUGGCUUUUUUCUGUUUUAUCUGCAUAGUUUCUUUUUUUUUUUUUUGCAUCGGUAACUUCCGUUGUGACUUCUUUUUUUUGCAUUCUUUUUUUAUUUGCAGCAGUGGCGAUUCUUGGCCACCAUACAAAUCAUCCCCAAAUCACAAUUACAAAUAAUCAUUGCAAUCCACUCAAGUUUAGGGGAUAUUAAAGAGAUUUCUUUCAACUAACAGUUUAAAUUAAGGAUAUUUUACUGCAGUGCAAUAAGUAAGAUGUGAAAUUCGCUCUAUUUUCCUGUACAGCAGAAUUUGUAACCAAGCCAAACAAAACAUAAAAAGGAAAACUAUUUAGAUAGUUUAAAAAAAACCAGUUAAUUUUCUGAUAGAUUGAAAAAAUAAUAUCCAGAGAUAUUUUUUAAUCCAAACGUAUCCCCAAAAUAAAACGUAUUUCAGACGGCUUCAUAUUCAAAAUCACAACAAAUCGAUCAUAAGAUAAAAAAUAACCUACAGUAAAGAUAUUAAAAAUAUUGACGUAGAAAAGGAAGAAGACGAAAAAUAAAUUGAAAGUUACCUGGUUGUAUUUGUCGCUUUUGAGAAGGCGCCUUUAUUGUGAAAGGACCCAACCGGAAGUGGAAGACAUUUGCCAUCAAGAAGAUAAACAAGCAGCCCACACGUCAUUUCAUAUUUGGUAGGAGAGUUUGUGCUGUUUUAAUAUACAAAGUUGAUGUAAUUGUUUCAUGGACACAGUUUGUCGAAGUUUGUGAGCGCUUUUGUCCACCGGGGUGUGUUGUUUGUUGUUGUUUUUGACGGUGAAAGGCUAACAGCAGGCUCGCUAGCAUCGACAUGCAUCAUGAAAAACUCCUCAGGCUUUGUUACAGAAACUUAUCAUUUGUACUUUAAAUGCUCACGAUAAAUCUACAGUCAGUAAGCAUGUACUGUUUGCAAAGUAAAUCUACCGUUUAUACUUAGUUUGAGUUAAAAAAUAUUCGCAAAUUCUCCAUUACCAGACAGUUUUCAACAACGUCCUCUUCGCUUCCUUAUAUAGUCAACCUGAAAGUCUCGACUGUUAGUUUGGAUCAGGUCUGAGGAACUUGACGGGGCUGAAAUAAGUUCAUGAUUCAUCAGAUAUAAUAGUUUAACGAUCAAUGAGCUCAAUCCAUCCAUUAAUUUAGCAUACAGCAGGUUACAGCAAAAAGGAAAAUUCCCCUUUAACAGGCAGAAACCUUGAGCAGAACCAGACAGCCAUCUGCCGAUACUGCAUUAGGUUUAGAGAGAAGAAGAACUUUAUAAUCCCUAAAGGGAAAUUCAAUUGCCUGUUGUCUCACAUGACAUGUCUCUAAAAGUUAUCUAUUUACACAAGAGUUGUAAAGUCUAAAGUUAGUACAAAAGAUCUUUUGAAUCUUUCUGUCCUGCAGUGAAGAGAGAGGAACCGUCCACCACCAUUGGCCCUUUGGUCCAUCAAGGUGUUGUGAAGUGAUCCAUGUUCUUUAGAAUAGUCUUCACCUUCUUCAGUGUAGAUCUCUCCAUCACAUCCUCCACUGAGCCAGCCUUUUUCACCAGUUUGUUUAGACGUCUUGCAUCGUUGUAUAUGAUGUUUCCUCUCCAGCAGAAAUCAGCGUAGAACAGAACACUGUAGAUCUACACCACAGACUGAUAGAACAUCUGCAGCAUCUUACUGCAGAUGUCUAUUGAUCAAAGUCUUCUCAGGCAAAAGAGGCAGCUCUCCACCUUCCUGUAGAUGAAGUCUAUAUUAUUAGACCAGUCCAACUUAUUAUCCAGAUGUACACCUCGGUAUUUAUAUGAUGUCACCACUUCAAUGUCCACUCCACAGAUGUUCACACUGGCUGAAGAGGGGAAGAGGGGGUUUGGAUCUAUGGAAGACCAUCUCCUUUGUCUUUGAGGUGUUGAGGAGGAGGCAGUUUGUGUGGCUCCAGUCACUAAAGGCUCUUAUCAGAUCUCUGUAUUCAGCUUCUUGUUAGAUAGAUAGAUAGAUAGAUAGAUAGAUAGACACACACACAGAUAGAUAGUUACAGCAGCAAAAAACACAAAAUAAAAUUAAAUAUAAGAAGAAUUAGGUACAAUGCAGACUAAAAAUACUAAAAAAGCAGACAGGUCCAAGACAGGAACAGGUCUGCAGCAAUGAUUCAGAGGAACCUGUGGUAGAGCACAGGGACUCCCCACUGAGGUGGUUUUGGUUUCAAUAAAGGUUGAACUGAUCUCUCAUUUGUGAUUGUGUUUCUCUUUUGUCCUUCCAGGUCACAAGAAAAAUAUGGCAUCUAAAAGUGCAAGCAGCGAGGAAGAGCAGAGCCUUCGAGUGUGUGAGCAGUAUGUCAAGAAACACAACAUCCAGCAACUGUUGAAGGACUGCAUAGUCCAGCUAUGCACAGCCCAGCCGGAUCGGCCCAUGGCCUUCCUCAGGGACUACUUUGAAAGAUUGGAGAAGGUGAGUGCUGACAGUGGUGCUGAGUGAAACCCCAAUAUCUCUUAUUAUAUCUUAUAUCUUAUCUUUUUAUAAGCAUUAAGAGAGGAUUUUACCCAAACACCUCUAACUCAGUUUAGAGAAACCUGGUAACCUUAUUUAGUAAUGAUUCUGACCUGCUUAGUAGCAGAGCUGCUUUGCAAAAUCAGCUCCACAUUGGGGGUCCCCUGCAUGUUUGUUCUAUGACCGUGUGAAGACACCUUUUAUCUCAGCAUGAAUCUGUGGAGGGAUAAUUACAGGUAGGUUGUCUUAAGGUGUUGUUUUGUGUUCAUGUUGCACCACAGGAGGAGGCCCAGCAGGCGGCUGUGCAACAGAGGUCUAGGCUACGGUCAGACUCCCGUGAGGAUGAAGUUUCCCCACCCAUGAACCCUGUGGUGAAGGGUCGAAGCCGAAGAGGGGCCAUAAGCGCUGAGGUGUACAAUGAGGAAGAUGCUGCUUCCUAUGUUCGAAAGGUCAGAGAUGAUAAGAUCGUUUUUGUUCACACAGAUCUUUAUGACCCUGUUGCAAUUUUCUUUUUUAUUUGAAGUUUGUAUAUUAAUGAGGGAAAAUGUCAUCUCCUCAUACUAUCAUGUUGCAAAAACAAAUAAAGUCAUAAAAGGACACAAAUCAAGGGAUUUGUCUGCUAAAAUUGGAGCAGUAUUGCCUUUAAUUGUACUUUACUUAGGGGUGAAUGUGUGGCUUAAACUACUUUAGUUUUGAUUCUAUUGUAGGUUUAUCCUGAUAUUCACUGAUGUAUGGAAAAGGAAUCUUUGUUUUUAUUAUUGUUUUUACUGAAGGUCAUCCCCAAAGACUACACAAGCAUGGCCGCUCUGGCCAAAGCCAUGGAGAGGAACGUGCUGUUCGCCCACUUAGAUGACAACGAGAGGAGGUAUGGCGUCCAAAUCACUCACAUAAAUGUUUGAGAAUCAUUUUCAAAACAUCUCAAGCUAAUUCGUCGUUUUUGCCCACAGUGACAUUUUUGAUGCGAUGUUUUCUGUCAACUACAUGGCUGGAGAAACAGUCAUUCAGCAGGGUGAGUCUAGACCACUUUUUAUUGGAGACUGCUGCUUUGUCACUCUCUUCAUUCUCCUUCUUUCAGUGAACUUUUUACCUUUUCUGUUCCAGGUGAUGAAGGAGACAACUUCUAUGUUAUCGACCAGGGAGAGAUGGAUGUAAGAUCUUUGUGCUUACUUUUGAGCUCUAGCAAACAUCUGCCCGUGUUUAUUAAUAAUAUGAAAAGCUGUUGCUGUCCUCUAGUGGCCAAAAUACAAACAAAAACAUUGUUUCUGUGAAGAACUCAAACUGAUUUUAAGGCCCCUUUUAGACAAACAAAAUCAUUUUAUUUGUGUUAACUAAGAAUUAAUCGUGUGUAUUAGAAACAGAGAGUACAUGAUGGGAGAGUAUUCAUAGAGUGGUCACAUAAAAUGCACCAGCUGGAAGAUAAAGAGGAAACAAGUGCUUGUUGUGUGCAAAAACAAACCAACUCGUAUCGUAUACUUUUUGUCCUUGUAAGCCACCGUAACUCCACUUUGAGAGACGUGAGCGGGGGAGGGUGUGAAUGUAAAAUGUGACUGCCAGAUAAAACUUAAUACUUCCUGUUCUAUACUGAUUUUGACACAGCUUCAUUUUUUUCAUUUAAUCUUAAUCUAAUCUUUAAUCUUUAUCUUUAUUUGAACAUGAUAAAAAUAAUGAUGAAGUAAAAACAAAACCAAAAGACAAGGCUUUAUGAAAAGAAAAUAAUAAUAGUAAUAAUAAUAAAUUAAAAAAAAUAAUAAUAAUAAAAUCAAAGACAAGCCUAACAGGCAAUAAUCAGCCAUUUGUAGCUGUAGUGGAAAGAUAUACAGUGUGUCAUCAGAACCCUGAUGAGUCAAUCUUGCUCUCUUUUCUCUUUCCAGGUUUACGUGAACAAUGAGUGGGUGACAAGCAUCGGGGAGGGGGGCAGUUUUGGCGAGCUGGCUCUGAUCUACGGGACACCUCGUGCAGCUACUGUUCGGGCAAAGUCAAACGUCAAGCUGUGGGGCAUAGACAGAGACAGCUACAGGAGAAUACUGAUGGUAAGGUGUUAAGACGUGAAACUAAUGGAAGUCAAUGCUUUGGCUGAUAAUUACUAUUGGUGUCUGUUUAUAGUGGGACAAAGAUAUCUGACCAGAUUGUUGGAGGCAAAUUAAAGAAUAUCCAACAUUUCAAAUUAUUUUAGGGAAGCACUCUGAGGAAACGCAAGAUGUACGAGGAGUUCCUGAGCAAAGUCUCCAUUUUAGGUAAGAAGUAAAGUUGAUCUGUAUUGUUUGGCUGAGUCAAAUUACCUGUCAUUGACCAUAUAUAUAUAUACAAAAAGUGUGAUUUAUUUUGAUGUAAACAGAGUCUUUGGAGAAGUGGGAGCGUCUGACAGUGGCUGAUGCCUUGGAGACCGUGCAGUUUGCAGAUGGCCAGAAAAUUGUGGUGCAGGGAGAGCCUGGUGAUGAGUUUUUCAUCAUCCUGGAGGUUUGCAUCAACUUUUUCAAGCGUUAAAAAUUUAAUAACACUCACUUAAUUUUGUGAUGGGUAGUAAAAGACUUCUUUGUUGGUCUGUUAGGGGACAGCUGCUGUGCUGCAGAGACGGUCAAACAGUGAGGAGUUUGUGGAAGUUGGCAGACUGGGGCCAUCAGACUACUUCGGUAAGUCUUUCUGUUUUAUGCUGCAAAGACAAAAAAAAUAAAGACACUGUAGAUAAAAGUCAUGUGAGGCUUAAAUUCAUGUUCAAAUAUUUGAUAUUUAGUGUAAUUCAAUAAGUGAAAGGCGUCAACAAACCACAUGGCUUCAGUUUACCGCCUUUCACUGAUUAUUUGUCUUUCCUCAGGUGAGAUUGCCUUGCUCAUGAACCGGCCCCGAGCUGCCACUGUCGUCGCAUGCGGACCGCUCAAAUGUGUGAAGCUGGACCGGCCGCGGUUCGAGCGAGUUCUGGGUCCUUGCUCCGACAUCUUGAAGAGAAACAUCGAGCAGUACAACAGCUUCGUAUCCCUGUCUGUCUGAACUUGUCAGUAUUCAAACUCCCUCUUCUUCCACUGUGGGUCCCACCAUAGCAUAUAAGCUUUAUUUCAAUUAGUACUAUGCUCUUUCAAAUCUGUUACCACGCCUUUAAGAUCACUUCUACACCUGUUACUGCUCUUUUUUAUUGUAUUUAUUUUAUUUCCUCUGUUUGUAUAUAAAAGCACAGAUUUUUCUGAUGUAAAGGAAAGUUUUGAGGUCAGAGGUUGUCGUCUCCGGGUGAGGCGGAUCCCAACACCAAACAGGUCUUUGCAAAUUGCUGGUUUAGAUUAUACUAGAUAGUAGUGUGAGCCUGACUGGUAGCGAGAUGAUGCUGUCAAAAAAAACAUCUGAUUCAAAACUCUUAACUCAGAUUUCAUCAUGUCAAAAUCUUCUUAGUGGAGCUUCUCAUGGCCACGAGUAAAAGUAAAGUUUAUUAUACAUGAGGAACUGUAAAAUACACAGACUUAAAAAAACAUCCACGUGAGGAUGGUCAUACAUGAUCUUAAAAUAUAGUUUUCAUUAAAUUUAUGACCAAAAAAUUUGCAAAAAUAACAACAUUCCCUUAAAUAAGUACAUUUUAACAUUGUGUUUGUAAAGAUGGUUAAAUUUGCUCACUAUCAGCACUGUGUCGUGAUGCUGGUAUUGGCGUUAUUCUUCUAAAUAUCUAUAUCUAUAUUUCUAUAUUCGUAGUAUUUGUGAACCUUGUAGACACUCCUCUCUUGAACAGUUGCCUUGAAACUCACACUGCAUGAUUUUACACAGAAGUACUUGUGCCAGCUGUGGAGGAUCGACUGACAGAGAAAUGGAAAAAAAAAUCUUGUAAACAUUAUUUGUUAUGACUUAAUAACUUCACUUCCUUUUUCUCCCUUAGCCAACUUCAAAUUAAGCCUCCAAGCAGAUUCGCUGCGGCACAUACAAAUAAUUGGAAGAUCACAGCUUUUGCUCAUGUCGACUUUUGUUUGGAGUGAAGGCAUCUAACUACUGGUUUAAGCCACAUUCAGUCAAAGUCAACUCUAACAAGAAUAUACAGAAAGUGCUUGUUUAGCAUAGAUGAAACUAUGGGCAAAAAAGAAGAAAUAAAUGAACAACCGUCGUUGACAUUGAUUGGACUGUUUAUUAAGGUAGUUGCUUAAAUGUUGAAUUCUGUUAUCGGGCUGGAUAAACUGUUACACAGCAAAAGUUUCUUGUUAGAAAAAAAAAAUCCUCUUGCAGUAUGAAAGAAACAGAGCUCUGACUUUGAAAUAUCUCUUGACAAUCACUUAUAUCCACCACUUUUGCCUUUAGUACACAGUGACACCAGAAGGAUAGGACAGAUGACUUCAUGUGUUUACUUGAAGUAUGCACAAGCUUCAUACACACGUCUUAUUAACUUAAAAAAAAAGUUUGAACUGCUGCGGCAAGCAAAAAGACGUCAGCACUCUCAGUCAAGUAUAUGGCUGCUGAUAAUUUCCUGCUUUCACUCGAGUGCUGAAGUCUAUUUGCUUGCUGUGUUUACUUUGAGUCACAACUGGGUGGCGGCAGUGCUUCGUCCCUGCUGCUGUCCCAACACUGACACAGAUAUGGAUGCAACAUUAGAGUAUGGUUACUAUCUCAGGCUUCAGCUAGAAAAAAGCUAAUUACACGAAAUAAGUUGCCUUAUUUACUGAGGAUAAAAUCCCAUAAACCACAGCAAUAAAACUGUUUUUCUUCUUGAAAUUACCUGAUUUAUUAGAAUUAGUUUUGCUUUUCCUUGAUCUGCCUUUAUAUUAACUCUUAACCUUUUUUUCCCUUGAUUAUUUGUUCUGUUUUGUUAGUAUUUAACUCAUGGGUACUGAUCUAGUUUAAUGCUGUUUCUCAUUUAGGAUUGGCAGGAUGUGUUUUAGGGUUUUUUUUCAAAAUCUUAAUCUUUAAAAUAGUCAAAUUAUUUCUUAAACUCUGCUUACAUUGAAUGCUUUUAUUUUUUUGUAUACACCACUGUGCUACAGUGUAUUAAUGACUGUAUUUUUGCACAGUUUGUGAUAAACAGAACCAUUAAUUCAGAUGAAUUAUGCAUUUACACUGACAAAUUUCGCAACCGAGCCGGUGCCAAAUAUGGUGUUGUGAUAUCAAGAUUCCAAAGCCUUAAUAAAGAACUCAUGGUGUUAUGGAGAUUUGCAAUAGUCUUAAAAGGCAGAUGAAGUGUUGGUAUCGUAUCCAGGCUAAGUUUUCUUGUGUUUUCCUCGAGUUGUAAAAAAUCUUGUCAAAGCAGCUAAAGUUGUUAAAUGCCGAACACUGUUUAGUGUCAUAACUCUGCCGUAAGAAAAAGUGAAGGAAACAAGGACUUGAUGCAUUGUUGUAUUCUAAAGAUACUAUUGUUAUAGAGGUUUGAGGUUUCACUGCUUCUUUCACAAAAAGACACAUCAGCAUGUAACCAACUUAUUGAAACUGUGUACGUGGAUCUACAUCACAUAAGUCAAAGCAUCACUUCCAGUCUAAGAUCUGUACUCUUAAGUGACGCUCACUACUCAGGUUUUGCUGUGUUGUUCUUCUCUCACUCAGUUAGGGUUGGGGUUUGGGCAUCGGUCAAUAAUCAGAAAAUACAGAGUGUUUCAAAUUCAGGAGAGAAGUAGGGAGGAAUCCAAGAGUAGAUGGCGAGUACGUUUGUUAUUGCCAACUGGCAUACUCAGUAAACGGGUUAUGGGAUAUAUAGAAAGCUUCUCCUCGGACUCUUUACACCCAAGAAUGCAAAUCCUUUUUCCCCAAACUUGUUAAAUCCACUGUUGAAACAACUCCUUUAACUUUUUAUUCCUUUUCGGGGUCAUAAUCCUGUCUUUAAAUUCUGUUGGAUUAUACUUUUGUUUAAGUCAUGCUGUUUCUGAACAUGUUUGGUAUGUAUUUUCUCUGAUUCUGUAUACCCCCAUUAUUGUAGUGUUAUAUCUCUGAACUAUAUGUACCCUGUACACAGUACUGUAUUUUCAGAUCAGCUGUAUCUUUUGACACGUUUGCAGAGAACUUGUACUGAAAACUUUCUUUUCUUUCAGCAGUUCAAGCAAUAAAGAGAUUGAGUUUUAAGGCCU